GGGAGGAACUCACCGACUUGGGACGAGACUCGGACAAGAUGCUCGCCCUGAUCGCAUCCGUGUUCCUCCUGGUGCAGGCGACCGCCCGGGGCUGCGGAGUGCCCAGUUACCCUCCCAUCGAGAGCCGCGUGGUCAAUGGGGUGGACGCGAGACCCAACAGCUGGCCCUGGCAGAUCUCCCUGCAGUACCUGUCUAGCGGGUCCUGGUACCACACGUGCGGUGGGACCCUGAUCGACCCCCAGUGGGUGCUCACGGCGGCCCACUGCAUCUCCUCGCGCACGUACCGCGUCGGUCUGGGCAAGCACCUGCUGAGCGUGCAGGACGAAGGAUCUCUCUUCUCUGACGUGUCCACUAUCCUCGUCCACAGCGGCUGGAACGGAAAUAACGUGGCCGGAGGCAAUGACAUCGCGCUGAUCCGUCUGGCGCAGCCUGUGACCCCGAGCGACAAGAUCCAGCCAUCCUGCCUGCCCCCCGCUGGGCUGGUGCUGCUCCACGACUACCCCUGCUACAUCACGGGCUGGGGCCGUCUCGUCACCGGGGGGGACCUCCCGGACGCGCUGCAACAGGCGAACCUGCCCGUGGUGGACUAUGAGACCUGCAGCAAGCCCGCGUGGUGGUGGUUCAACAUCCGCGAAACGAUGGUCUGCGCCGGCGGGGAUGGCUACGACUCUGGCUGCAACGGCGACUCUGGGGGGCCUCUGAACUGCAUGAACGCUGAGGGCCAGUGGGAGGUGCACGGCAUCACCAGCUUCGUGUCGGGCUUUGGCUGCAACUACAUCAACAAGCCCACCGUGUUCACCCGAGUGUCGGCGUUCAACGACUGGAUCGCCGACGUUAUGCGCACGUACGGCACCAACGCGCUGGACUCGAAGACAAUCAUUUACCACUGAAUGAAACCUUGUGCACACCACACACUCACGAAUCAACCUUUCAUCUCUCCUACUACUCCCCUUUGGAUUAAAGUCAAAUAAAGCCUCGU